AUGUCCGAAGCUAUUGGUUCAUCGGAAGGUAUUGGUUCGGUGCGAACCUUGAAACGAAAAAAUAUCAAAAAGCUUGCCCUCGCAGCACCGGCCCCUCGCACAGUAGCACCCUCUGAGAGCGACCUGCAGCUUCCAGGAGAUAAUGAGAAUGCAAAGAACACCGCGCAGCUGGAGAUCGGUAUAGAGUACAAGUUAGAUUUGAAGAGAGAGGAUCUGGAAGUAUUAAAGGAUCUUGGCCAUGGAAAUGGAGGGACCGUCAGUAAAGUUCGACAUAUGGCCACUGGUACAAUCAUGGCCCGGAAGAUCAUUCACGUAGAAGCAAAGAAGGAGAUGCGCCGUCGGAUUGUCCGGGAGCUUCAGAUCAUGCACGAUACCAACUCAGAGUACAUUGUGAACUUUUAUGGAGCCUUCCUGAGCGACACCAACGACGUCAUUAUGUGCAUGGAGUAUAUGGAUGUUGGUUCUCUGGAUAGAAUCUCGAGGAAGUUUGGUCCUGUUCGAGUGGAUGUUCUUGGCAAGAUUGCAGAAGCGACCCUAGGUGGCCUCACAUACCUCUAUACCAAGCAUCACAUUAUGCAUCGCGAUAUCAAGCCUUCAAAUGUUCUCGUCAACUCAAAGGGACAAAUCAAGCUAUGCGAUUUCGGUGUUUCGGGUGAGCUUGUCAACUCGGUUGCAGAUACCUUCGUUGGGACAUCUACAUACAUGGCUCCCGAGAGAAUCCAGGGCCAGAAGUAUACUGUCAAGUCUGAUGUAUGGAGUUUUGGUUUGACUAUCAUGGAACUUGCUAUCGGCAAAUUUCCAUUUGAUGCUAGCGAACACCUAUCGGACGGUGAUGGGGCUCCAUCUGGUAUUCUUGAUCUUCUGCAGCAGAUCGUCUACGAACCAGCUCCAAAGCUACCUAAGAGUGAAGCUUUCCCUCAGAUUCUUGAAGACAUGAUUCAGAAGUGUAUGGCUAAAGCCCCGGAAGAGCGGCCUACACCACAAGAGCUUUACGAGCGUGAGCCUUUCGUUCAGGCUGCCAAGCGUACACCUGUGGACCUGAAAGAGUGGGCUGUGAGCUUGAUUGAAAAAGACAAUCGAAAAUCGCAUUUGGCUCCUCAAUUAUCUCCAUCAACUCAGCAACUUCUCCGCUCGGGAGAUUCACCGACAGGGCCUUAUGCUACGAACUCUCCAGAUUACUCCUUACCCACGCCUACCUCAGGUGAUAUUCCAAUAGGUGGUGGCGAUGUUCGUUCUGCAGUCACAUCUCCCCAGCAUGGCGAGAGAUCACCCACCAAGAACGGUAGCAUCAGUCUAGGUCGUUCAUCUGGAGCUCCUUAUCAUCCCGGAUUACCUCCGCGGGGAACAACUACAAAUUCUGUCCCAAAAGUCACUACCCUUAGCGCCCCUGAUCAUGCCACCAAUGGGCCUUCGAGUGCUAAUGGUGUCACGUUUACAACCACCACGCUUCCCAUGAGACCAGCGCCACCUGCAGGACCGCUACCACCGCCUCCUGUACCCAAGAAGGAGAAUGCCGAUGUUGACCUGAAGAAGGAGAGCAGAAGGCAGGCAACCUUUGGCAAUGACCUCUACGCCUCGGGUUAUCCCGCUCCGGGAACUGGCCGCCAAUACGACUACUGA